AUGGCGAUGCGUGAUUAUGUGGCUGAUAAAGAAAGUUUUAAGAACUUUUUUCUGGAGUUUUGUCAGACCGAUGAUGAAGGCGGUAAAUUUUUUAAAUAUUCUGAACAACUAUCAAAAUUAGCUCACAGGGAACAGGUGGCUUUUGUAGUGGAUUUAGAUGAUUUGCACGAAUCUAAUGAGGAGUUAGCAGCAGCAGUGAUGAAAAAUACCAGACGGUAUACUAACAUGGUUUCUGAUGUUGUGUAUGAAAUGCUUCCAGAUUUUAAGCAUAAAGAGGUUGUAGCUAAAGAUGUAUUGGAUGUGUACAUUGAACACAGAAUUAUGCUGGAAGCCAGAAAUCACAGAAUUCCUGGUGAAAUGAGAGACCCCAGGAAUAGAUACCCACCAGAACUUAUUAGACGAUUUGAGGUAUACUUCAAGGAUAUGUCUACAUCAAAAUCAGUACCCAUUAGAGAUGUUAAGGCAGAACAUAUUGGAAAACUUGUAACAGUCAGAGGUAUAGUAACUCGCUGCACUGACGUCAAGCCUCUAUUAGUAGUAGCGACAUACUCAUGCAGUGCGUGUGGAGCUGAGACUUAUCAGCCCGUCAGAUCCCUGCAGUUCACCCCACCUCCAGCCUGCACGGCUGAGGAGUGUCGGAUCAACAAAACAGCUGGACAGUUGCAUUUACAAACCAGGGGUUCAAGGUUCCAGAAGUUUCAGGAGUUGAAAAUACAGGAGCAUUCAGACCAAGUGCCAGUGGGGCACAUCCCUCGCCAAUUGUCAGUAUACUGUCGAGGUGAGGUGACACGACGUGCUCAGCCUGGUGACCAUAUAGCCGUUACUGGAGUGUUCCUGCCACUGCUAAACUCUGGCUUCAAGCAGAUCAUGCAGGGCCUACUCUCCGAUACUUAUCUUGAAGCUCAUAGUGUUACUUGCUUAAAUCAAAGUGAUGAGGGUGAAAUGACAGAAGCGCUAACAGAGGAAGAGUUAGCAGAGUUAGCUGAUGAGGACUUGUACUCAAGAAUGGCGCGCAGUCUGGCACCUGAGAUUUAUGGCCACGAGGAUGUUAAGAAAGCCUUGUUGUUAUUGCUUGUCGGAGGUGUUGAUAAACGUCCAAAUGGAAUGAAAAUUCGCGGCAACAUAAAUAUCUGCCUGAUGGGUGACCCUGGUGUAGCCAAGUCACAACUACUCAACUAUAUUGACAGACUUGCUCCCCGUAGUCAGUACACCACGGGUCGUGGUUCAUCAGGCGUCGGUCUCACUGCUGCUGUGUUAAAGGAUCCAUUCACCGGCGAGAUGAUGUUAGAAGGAGGAGCAUUGGUGCUAGCUGAUCAAGGCGUGUGUUGCAUCGACGAGUUCGACAAGAUGGCGGAGAAUGACCGUACCGCCAUACACGAAGUUAUGGAGCAGCAGACUAUUAGUAUUGCAAAGGCUGGUAUAAUGACGUGUCUGAACGCGCGUGUUUCGAUCCUAGCGGCCGCUAACCCUGCGUACGGACGCUACAACCCCAAGCGGUCCAUCGAGCAAAAUAUCCAGCUGCCUGCCGCUUUGCUAUCGCGUUUCGACCUGCUGUGGCUGAUACGGGACAAACCCAAUAGGGAGAAGGAUCUGGAGCUGGCAAAGCACAUCGCGUACGUGCACCAGCACUCGUCGCAACCGCCCGGCGCCACGCGCGCGCUGCGCAUGCGCCUCGUGCGGCGCUACGUCGCGCUCACGCGCCGCAAGCAGCCCAUCGUGCCGCGCGCGCUGGCCGACUACAUCGUCUCAUCUUACGUGGAACUUCGUAGAGAAGCGCGUAAUGCACGCGAUACCACGUUUACUUCGGCUAGAAAUUUGCUAGCCAUAUUGCGAUUAUCCACGGCACUGGCGAGGCUCAGGUUAUCAGAUGUGGUUGAGAAAGAGGACGUGUCAGAAGCCAUACGACUCGUGGAAAUGUCGAAACAGUCGCUGCAACACGUUGACGAAAAUGUCCAAAGCGCGACGGACCGCAUAUUCGCGAUCGUGCGGGACCUGGCGGGCUCCGGACAGACCGUGAAGAUAGCGGACGUCAUCGAGCGCUGCGUCGACAAGGGCUUCAAACCUGACCAGGUGGACGCCUGCAUCGAAGAGUACGAAAACCUCAAUGUGUGGCAAGUGAACCAAGUGCGAACGAAAAUUACCUUCAUGUGAGGAUGCUUCACUAGAUUGUUAACAUUAAUCUCGUGCCUAUGUAGCGUUUCAGAAUGUUUUGUACUGUCAUAUUUGUCAUUUUAAAUGAAUAAAUAAGUAUUUUUAAUAAAA